CAUAGUGGUUGGACCAGUUUGCAUUCCCACCAAUAGUGCAGUAGAGUUCCUUUUUCUCCACAACCUCGCCUACAUUUGUUGCUAGUUUUUUUAAUAUGUGCCAUUCUCACUGGUGUAAGAUGGUAUCUCAUGGUAGUUUUGAUUUGCAUUUCCCUAUUACAAGUGAUGUUGACAUAAGACCUGAAACCAUAAAAUACAUAGAAGGAAAUAUAGGCGAAACACUACGGGAUAUGCACGUCAAAGACAUCUUUACAGACACAUCACCCAAAGCAGUGAUAGUGAAGGCAAAGAUAAACAGCUGGGACUACAUCAAAUUAAAGAGCUUCUGCACAGCAAAAGAGACAAUAACAAAAACAAAGAGAAACCCCACCGACUGGGAGAACAUUUUUGCACACAACACUAAUGAUAAAGGACUGAUCACAAAAAUCUGCAAAGAGCUGAUGAGACUCAACAACAACAACAAAAAUAAUCCAGUCAAAAAAUGGGCAGAAGAGCUAAAAAGAAACUUCUCUGAAGAGGAAAUGCAAAUGGCCAACAGGCAUAUGGUUUUGUUCUUGAUCUAACUUUGGUUUGAUCUUCCUUUGGUAGAGGAGCAGAUUUCAUCGUCACAUGUUUGGAAAUGGUAGAAAAUCUUUAUCCUCAAGCUGGCUGGGUUGAAAUUGAUCCUGAUGUUCUCUGGGUUCAAUUUGUUGCUGUAAUAAAAGAAUCUGUCAAAGCUGCAGGAAUAGAGAUGAAUCAGAUUGUUGGUCUUGGCAUUUCUACACAGAGAGCAACUUUCAUUACGUGGAACAAGAAGACGGGAAAACAUUUUCACAAUUUCAUUAGUUGGCAAGACCUAAGAGCUAUUGACCUUGUAAAAUCUUGGAAUAGUUCUCUUAUAAUGAAGUUAAUACACAGUUCCAGCCGAUUACUUCACUUUUUUACCAGAAGUAAACGAUUUUUAGCAGCCAGUUUGUUCACUUUCACAACCCAGCAUGUUUCUUUGAGAUUGGCCUGGAUUGUACAGAACCUCACUGAGGUGAGAAAGGCAAUUGACGAAGAAAAUUGCUGCUUUGGGACUGUUGAUACCUGGUUGUUACAUAAGCUCACCAAAGGUUCUGAAUUUGCCACAGAUUUUUCUAAUGCUAGUACAACUGGACUUUUUGACCCAUAUGAGAUGUGCUGGAGUGGAUUUGUUACCUCCCUGCUCUCCAUACCACUCACCGUCCUACCUCCUGUGAAAGAUACGAGCCACAAUUUCGGAUCAGUAGAUGAAGACAUAUUUGGUGUGCCUAUACCAAUAGUGGCCUUGGUCGCUGACCAGCAAUCAGCCAUGUUUGGAGAGUGCUGCUUCCAGACAGGAGACGUGAAAUUAACCAUGGGAACUGGGACAUUUUUGGAUAUUAAUACUGGAAAUAAACCUCAACAGAGUGUUGGAGGCUUUUACCCAUUAAUUGGGUGGAAGAUUGGGCAAGAAGUUGUAUGUUUAGCUGAAGGCAAUGCAGGAGACACUGGUAGUGCCAUAAAAUGGGCCCAGCAGUUGGAUCUUUUCACAGAUGCUGCUGAGACUGAAAAAAUGGCUAAAAGUUUGGAAGAUUCUGAAGGAGUUUAUUUUGUUCCAUCUUUCAGUGGAUUGCAGGCUCCAUUGAAUGACCCCUGUGCAUGUGCCUCUUUUAUGGGUUUGAAGCCUUCAACCAAUAAAUACCAUCUUGUACGAGCAAUAUUGGAAUCAAUAGCUUUCAGAAACAAACAGUUAUAUGAGGUGAUGCAGAAAGAGAUCCAUAUUCCAGUAACAAAAAUCCGGGCAGAUGGAGGAGUUUGUAAGAACAGUUUUAUCAUGCAGAUGACUUCGGACCUGAUUAAUGAGAAUAUAGACAGACCAGUCCAUGUUGACAUGUCGUGCCUAGGUGCAGCUUCUCUAGCUGGCCUUGCUGUUGGGUUCUGGACUGACAAAGAGGAACUAAAGAAACUGAGGCAAAGUGAAAUUGUUUUCAAGCCACAAAAGAAAUGGCAAGAAUAUGAAAUUAGUAUGGAAAACUGGGUGAAAGCAGUGAAACGUUCCAUGAAUUGGUAUAAGACAUAGCACUAAGGAAUCACUGAAACCAUACGUAUCUGACUGAUAUGACAUGCAGAUGAGACAAAGCUCAGGGAUAACCAAUAUAAUGCUGACUGAGAGAAGAUCUGAAAGAACUUUGCAACCUGAAGACUAAUACGGUUCAUUUGAAGGAAAAACAAACUUUUUAAAUACAAAUCUUGGUAAGAUUAUAAGCCAGCAAUACCUCAGAACUUUAUUUCUUCUGUUUUGUAGAAAAUUCAGAAGAACAUUAGCCUUUUACAACCAUAUUUUGACAAUUAAUGGGUCCCCUUCCUUUUUUAUACUAUGUCAAUGGUAUUUAUAAACAUAAUUAUUAUUUGCUGAGUUAAUAGUUCUAGAUCAAGUACCGUUUAUGUUUUGCUCCAAAAAUAAGUGAAAAGUAUUCUUUUAAUUAAUUUUUUUAUAAUUAAGAGGGAUAUUUUAAGUAUAUAGAGCUAAAAAGAAAGAAUAACAAGAAAUGUAGGAUUUAAAAACAUUAACAUUUUAUAUUUAAAGCCAUAAAUGUGUACGAAUCUAAAUAUAAGGUUCACAUGUCCCUCACAGAUAUUCUUAUUUAUUUCCAAGUCUUUCCUUUUGGGGGUUUAAAGGCAAUGCCUAAAUUUUCCCCUAUUUUGCCAAAAUGUGAGCCCUCUCCACAUGUUGAAAAAAUAAUUAAUGAAGCUAAACAUUACUGCUGAUUCAUAGGGAACAAGAAAACACUAUCUUCUUAAAUAACAUUUCUUUAUAAAACUUCAGGCUAAAGUUUAAUGUCCCAUUGCUUACAAAAUACUGGUAGUAAAUGUAAAUCUUGCCUGCCUUCUCUCUCCUCUUGUUUAUCUUUUAAUUUUUGAGAUGUUUACAUUAAUAUCUUAUACUAAGUGCCUAAUUGACAGAGUUUACUAUUACGAGAGUGUUCUAUUUCAUUGGCAAUUUAAGAAUUGUGUUCUUUGGGUUAUUUUACUUGUCCAGAUAGUUUUUUGAUGUUUGUCCAGCCUAUUUAUCGCUCUGAGAUAUUUGGAGUGAUUAUCUCUUGAUGGGAGUUUAUUUGUGCUAAUGAUUACCUUCUAGAUACUAAACCAGAGACCCACAAAGAGGCCCAGAGACAGUUCCACAUUUUCAAACUUUCUUGAAACAAGUUAGAGAAGUUAUGAGUAGCUUCAGGCUAGCUGUAAAAUUGUCUCAUGGCAAUUGACCCCCCACCCCCCAACCUGUUCUAUUAUUUGCCCUUUCCUACAUUGGACUAGGUUCCUUUUGGAUAUGCAACAAUAAUGAACUUACUUCCCUCUUGGCCAACCUUUAUCACUUAAAGUCUUGUUUAGAGCUGGCUGUUAAAUAAUAACAUAAGAAGUGACUGUUACAGGAAUUUUGUUGUUCCUCUUAGCUAUGUCCAUUUCAGAGACAGGUAUGAUAGAACUAGGGUCAAAUGGCCUGGCUCCAAAUUCCAUUGUAAUGAAUGUUGUCGUCUUAAAUUGUUUAUUUGAUGGAAACAUAAUGGCAAAUAUUUAGUAUCAUUAACUCCAUUAAGUUUUGAAAAUGUUUUUUUGUUAAGUAGAGGUGUUCUGUCAGAUCUCUUUAUGUAGGUAAUUUCUCAUUCUGUUUUUUUAACAUACUGUUUUCAAAGCUUGGGAGUGGGAAUGAUAGAGACAGGAAACUGCAAAAUCAGAUAUUCCUGAGAUGCUUUGUUAUUCUAUUUCCACUGUCUUUUCCCCUUUACUAUAUUUGGCUUACUAAAAUUAAAUGACUAUCUAUACAAAUAUCUCUAUUAUAUAGAUGUAAGGAUUCCAAUUUAAAUGCCAUACCUUUACAAGAAACUGCCAAACUUUUUUCCAGAAUAAUUGCACCAUUUUACAUUUCCACCAGCAAUAUCUGAAUAAUCUAGUUUCUCCACAUCCUCACCAGCAUUUAGCAUUAUUACAAUUUUUUUGUUUAGAUAAUAAUGCAGGGUUUCUCGUGGUUUAAUUUGUAUUUCCUAAUUAAUAAUGAUGUUGAACAUCUUUUGAUGUGCUUUUUUGCUCUUUUGAUGUCCUUUUACCCUCUUCAUGAAAUAUCUGUUAAAAUCUUUUGCCCAUUUGCUAACUGGGUUAUUUGCUAAAUGAGCCAUAUUUUUAAAUGAAUAUCUUUUUAAAAAACUAAAAAAAUCAGCCCAGUGACUUAAGAAAGUCAUUACUACUUUCUAGAAAAAAUGUAUAUUGCAUUUGAACAUGAUAUUAUAAUGCCCUGAGCAGAAGAAUUCUCAUAUUUCUUCUGUUCUCACUGUAAAGCAUGGUACUAAUACUGUGUAGUAGCAAAGACUUUUCAGAGAUACCUCUACUUAAAAUGUUAAGUAGAAUAUGAAAAACACUUUUUUAUAUAGCUAUCAUAAUGGUUUUAAUCUUUUUGUUUAAAAUAACUUGAUUUGUAUAACUUUCACAGUGCUUUUGUGAAAAUUCAAAAUAUUCCGAUUUUGUAGGACAGUAAAUAUAAAUUCCAACUCAUACACAUCAGUAAAUUCAUAAUCUUAUUUCUAAUAUUUUUACAAACUUCAUCGUUUCAUUAAAUAGUCAUUGAGAACUUCAUAAAUCAUUGUUAAAGAUUAUAGAUAAAAUCUUGGGAGCAUAGCAAUACAAAUAUUUUUUAUGCAUAUGUGACUUUUUCCCUUGCUGAUUUUGUCUAUUUUAAUUUUUGAUUUGUUUUUAAACUGCACCUGGAAAUUCUUAUUUAUUACUAUUUCUACUUUGGUUUCUGCACAUCAAGGUCACAGAAAACCCAGCAGAUAUUAACUACAGAUGUGAGAAUGAAGACGGCUGUUAAUUUUUGGUGGUGGAAAAGAUAAUAAAAAUUGUGAAAAUAUACUGUAUUUUUAAAAAUUUAGUUAAGAUUUUAAAAAUAACUGGAGGAAAGAUAAAAAUACUAAUAUAAUGAAAUUAGCUUAGCAGCUGUUAAAAGUCCCUUCUGAAUAUUAUUAUCAUCUGAAACUACAGUGGGAAAUGACAAUGAAACAGUGAAUGACUGAUCUUUACAUACUGUGUAUUAAAACCAUUUUUACUUAGUGUUUCUCUGUUCCUUGCUUUGGGUUUGCACAUAUAUUUUGCAACAUCCAUCAGGUGGAGGAUUCAGUCACUUUUGAUUCCAUAGUGGAGCCUUAUAUUACUCUCUGUGGACCCAUGGUAUUAUUCUGUAGUCGGAUAUUUGAUGCAUGAUAAACAUUCAAUUAUUAGAAACAUUGAAAGGGUUGGGUUUUGAUUUCAUUUAGUUCGAAGUAAUAUUAGUUUAAUGAA